CAAACGCUGGUAUCCGCGAUUCAAUCUGUCCAUACGUGGUUAGCUCUGCCGAUUUAUUGUGAAACCUUAGAGACGGUGAGAAUAUCGGAUGGACUCGGCAGAGCUUGAGGCUUCAUCACACGGUGGGGCUUCCAGAGAGCAGGCACCAUUGUCUCCCAGAACUGCUUUGAGCCAAGAUGCGACAAAGAAAGGACGUGUCGUCUAUGUCGGACACGAUAAGUUUGGCACCCGUGUCCCUUUGGAUGAGCUCAGGAAGCUGUACCUAAACGAGCUCCCCGGUCGUGUCACCGACCAUGAAAGGCGAACCAUCACCUACGAUGGAAGUUUGAAAAAGUAUCCUCCAGUCCGUCUUCUCCGGAAUUGCGAUCGGAAACGAAUAUUGGUCACUGGAGGAGCUGGGUUUGUGGGAUCGCAUCUGGUGGAUAGAUUGAUGAUUAUGGGCAAUGAGGUUGUCGUGCUGGAUAACUUUUUUACUGGGAGAAAGAAUAACAUUGAACAUUGGUUGGGACAUCCAAAUUUCGAACUCGUGCGACACGAUGUUGUAGACCCGUUUAUGAUUGAAGUGGAUGAAAUCUACCAUCUGGCUUGUCCUGCCUCACCACCUCAUUACCAAUACAACCCGAUCAAAACCGUCAAGACAAGUGUGAUGGGAACAAUCAACAUGCUCGGGCUAGCCAAGCGCACAAAAGCGAAAUUCCUCCUCACAUCAACCUCUGAGAUUUAUGGAGAUCCAAAGGAACAUCCACAGAAGGAGACAUAUUGGGGACAUGUCAACCCUAUUGGACCAAGGGCGUGCUACGAUGAAGGCAAACGGGUAGCAGAAACCUUGACGUUUGCCUACGCCAAACAAGAAAAGCUUGACGUCAGAGUAGCGCGUAUCUUCAACACCUUUGGACCCCGCAUGAACGAGAAUGACGGUCGCGUCGUUUCAAAUUUCAUCAUACAGGCCUUGAGAGGGGAGGAUUUGACGGUCUACGGCGAAGGGGAUCAGACGCGAUCGUUUCAAUAUAUCCAUGACCUGGUGGACGGGUUGAUUCAACUCAUGCAUUCCAAGGCACAUGAACCGGUCAACCUUGGCAAUCCAGAUGAAUACACAAUCAUGGAGUUUGCUGAAAUCAUUCGAGAUACAGUUAACAAAGAAGUCAGAAUCGUGAAUCUGCCUUCGACCACGGAUGAUCCUCAACGUAGGCGCCCGGACAUUACCCGCGCCAAGACCUUCCUCGACUGGUCACCAAAGUUUUCAGUGAUGCAAGGAAUAGAGGAAACAGUAGAAUAUUUUUCAAAGCUUGCCAAUGAUCUGUAAAAAAAAAAGAAUGGCGGGAAGGAGCACUUGUACAUGAAAUAGACGCAUACUGAACGGCA